GUGACCUUACUGCAUGUCUCUUACUUCCUAUUCACUACUGGCAUACUCAGGGAAUACUAUAUAAAGAGAAUUGCUAACCCUGAUUAAUCAUUCGCAGUAUACUUGUGUUACUAACAAUACCUUACAAAAUGGCAGCUAAGUUCGUGAUCGUAGCUCUUCUGGUGGCGGCUGCUCAGGGCAGCGCGAUCCACGGCGGCGACUACACCAGCUUCUCGUACGGCGUGUCCGACCCGCACACCGGCGACGUGAAGAGCCAGCACGAGACCCGCGUCGGAGACAGCGUGGUCGGCCAGUACUCGCUGCUCGACUCCGACGGCACAAAGCGCACCGUCGACUACGCCGCUGACGCGCACUCCGGCUUCAACGCCGUCGUCCGCAAAGACCCCGCUCUGCUCGCUCACGCCGCUCCCGUGCUCGCUCACGCCGCUCCCGUGGUGGCGCACGCCGCUCCCCUCGCCUACGCCGCCCCCAUCGCUCACGCCGCUCCCGUCGCUCACGGCUACUCCCACGGCGUGGCCACCUACGGCGCGGUCGCCGCCGCUCCCCUCGCCUACAGCGCCGGAGUGUACGGCGCGCACGCCGCUCCCCUCGCCUACGGCGCCUCACUCUACGGUGCUCACGCCGCUCCCCUCGCUCACGGUGCCAUCGCUUACGGCGCUCACGGCGCUCACGGCGCUCAUGGUCUCUACGGCGCCCAUUUGUACAUUUGCAGCAGUCAUUUAUUACCAUGCCCAUCCAGAUCCAAGAGACUGGGCCGCAUGAACGCCCGGAGAAGCUGGGUGAGAUACAGAGUUCGAGUAACUGCUGGCAAGGCCAUGUGCAAGGGGACUGAGAGAUCCAUGGGCCAAGGGUGCUCCGUAUCCACUAUAGGCACCGUUGUAGGCUCCGGCAUAAGGACCAGGGUAGGGACGAGCAGCGUUGUGUACAAUAGCGUUGGAAAAGUGAGACACGGCAGGAGCUCCACUGCUACCAAGAUGGCCAGCCAAAGGAGUUCCGUAUGCUCCAGCAUAACCAGAGGGAAGACGGUUGAUUCCAGCAAGCACACCAGCGUGGCCGAGAGAACUGGGGAGAGCAAGAGCACCAUGGGACAGAUGUCCAAGAGCACCAGAAUGUGCAGCCUGCUGGGCAUGGGCGGCCUGCUUGGCAAGUGCAGCCUGUUGGGCAUGGGCAGCUUGGUGAGCAAUGGCGGCUUGCUGAGCAUGAGCCGCUUCCUGAGCAAUGGCAGCCUGCUGGGCAACGGCGGCCUGUUGUGCAACGGCAGCAUGCUGAGCAGCAGCCUGUUGGGCGUGGGCAACCUGGUGGGCUACGGCAGCUUGUUGGGCAUGGGCAGCCUGAGUGGCAAGGGCAGCCUUGUGAGCAAGGGUAGCCUGCUGGGCAAUGGCAGCCUGCGGUCGACCACGCCCUCGCGUUGGGAAGCUCAUAUAAAAGCUCCUCGCGAUCUCACGCAGUAUCAGUCACCGAGUGGAAAACCUCAGCCUAACGCAAUGCCAGCCAAGUUGGUCGUAGUACUCGCCCUCGUGGCCGCAGCUCAGUGCUCAGUGGUAGCGCCAGUGGCGCGAGUAGACGCCGACUACAGCAGCUUCGCGUACGACGUGGCCGACCCCAACACCGGCGACUACAAGAGCCAGGUGGAGACCCGCGUGGGCGGCGCCGUGUCCGGCCAGUACUCGCUGCUGGACGCGGACGGCACCAAGCGCACCGUCGACUACACCGCCGAUGACGUCAACGGCUUCAACGCCGUCGUGCGCAAGGACGCUGCUGUUGUCUCCGCCCCCGUCGUAGCCGCGCCCGCCGUGGUAGCUGCCGCUCCUGCCGUGGUUGCUGCCCGCACUGUCGCCGCUCCUGCCGUGGUUGCCGCUCGCACUGUAGCCGCCCCCGUCGUCCACACCGUCGCAGCUCCAGCGGUUGUUGCUGCCCGCACCGUGGCUGCUCCCGCCGCCGUAGUAUCGCGCACUUACGCCGCUGCACCCGCGUACUACACCGCCGCCCGUGCCGUUGCUGCACCCGCGGUGUACGCUGCGACCGCUCCCGUUGUCGCUGCACGCACUGUUGCUGCCCCCGUCGCGUACACCGCCGGUACCCCUGUUGCGUACACCGCCGGUGCCCCCGUCGCGUAUACCGCUGGUGCUCCUGUAGCGUACACCGCUGGCGCGUACACGACCGGUGCCCGCGCCGUGGUGGGUCCCUCAGUGUUCGCCGCCCGCGCUGUGGCUGCCCCCGCGGUUUACUCUCGCGCCUACGGCCCCGCCUACUACAGAUCUCCUCUGAGCUACGCUGCCUACUCCACUCCCGUGUCAUACUGGUAAACUCGAUAGCCUUGCUCGGCUCCUUAGCGAUAGACCACGACGUGUUUCAUUAUCGAACAACAUGUAAAUAUUGUCACUAGUUUGUACAUACAUGUAUUAAAAUAAAACGAAUACUUAAAAUAA